AUGAGAUUGCCAGGUUCCAAAAUAGAAGAGCCGGUGCCAGCGCCCUCUGCCGACUUCGCCCACUCGGAGAACAAGGGACUUCAACUGGGCCAGAAUCUCGGAACUGUAGAAGCAUCGUUCUACAGUGAUGCAAUCCAAGGCAUCAAUAUAGCGGCCGGCGCUUCCGUGUAUAUGGGCGAGCAUAAAACGGUGGAAGAUAAAAUCCUCGAUGUCCUGAUUGCCGGUGACCCGCAGAAUAGGAGCGAUAUCCGUCAGGCGGAGCCGGGAACGUGCGAAUGGAUCCUGGACCACGCGUCCUUUCGGAACUGGCUCCAGAAGGAUCCCUCGGUCACAGCGCCGCUUUAUAUCCAAGGUAUCCCCGGAAGCGGCAAAAGCGUGUUGCUUAAGUUCCUCGUCAAGGAGCUGGAGAAACGGCUGUGCCUUGGCUCCGCGUCGUCAUCCCCGGUGGACGCCACUUCUCCUUCGCUGGGAGCGUCCGGAAAGACGAUUGCCGUUGCCUGCUUCUGCGACGACAAGAAUGAACAUCGGCGCACCCCGAUCUGGAUUCUGCGGACUCUGUUGUACCGGCUUUUCCAUCAGAACCGAAAUCUGGUGAAACAUGUGCAGAAACAUAUUUCGGUACCCAAUGACAUGGAUGCCCUCGGCUCCGAUCCCGAUGAAUUCCAGUCCGUCGAUGUGCUCCAUAAGAUCCUCAAAGAACUCAUCCUGGAUCCAGAAGUCGAAGUGGUUUACUUUGUUGUCGAUGGCUUGGACCAGUGCGGGCCUCAUCUGCCCGCGGUGCUUCAGAUGAUCAACGACCUCUCCACCGCGAUCAAUGGCGAAGCCAACCAACAGGGUCAGCCAUUCAGCUUACGUUGCAUUGUGUCCGAUCGGGGAGGUAAGAUCGUUCGCGACAAAAUGCUUCCCGAGUACACCAUCGAUAUGCCCACCGACAAUCAACGGGAUAUUGAUCACGUCACCGACAAUCGUGUCAAGCGGAUUCAAGAAUACCGAUACUUCUCUGAUACUGUCGUCCAGACCACGACCAACUUGCUGAAGCAGAACUCGAAGGGCAUGUUUAUGUGGCUGUCCCUCGUGCUGGACGACCUCGGCACCUGGGAGGGAGUGUGGACGGAGACGAACAUCGAGAAAAAGCUCCAUAGCAUCCCUUCGGAUGUGGAAGCCUUUUACAUGGCAAUGUUAGAGCGACAACCGCGGGACUCCGUCAAACGGUUACGGGCGCUGUUGAUGUGGGUGUACUUUGCGGCCCGGCCCUUGUCCCUGCGCGAGUUGAACGUGGUGUUGACUCUGCAGGACAACGGUGAAUACGAAGGAGGCGACAGCACAGACGAAGAAAUCGACGCGUUACGGAUCAAUAUUGAGGGCCACUGGAGUGCUCUCUUUGCGGUCCAGGACGGCAUCGUCCACCUAGCUCACCAGUCUGUGAAGGACUUCUUAUCGGGCGUCUUCAGUGACGAUAGCGAGCAGGAAUAUCCCAGAUUUGGGUUGGCCCGAAAAGAGGCGCAACGGUCAAUCGCCUCCACUUGCUUGGCCUAUCUGCAUAUCAAGGAGGUCCACCAACGUGCAGUGCCUGAGCCUCCAGUCGACGCCGACGGAAUGAUUGAUGAGACCCAGCUGCUGCACGUCCGACAACAGUACUUGACUGGAUUCCCCUUCCUAGACUACUGUGUCAAGUUCGUGGGUCAUCAUCUGCAGGAAAGCAAAAUUGAGGAAGAGACAGACGUAAAGGGCAUGAAAGAAUUCUUCGCCGCCGAUUCGGCAGCGUUGGCCAGCUGGGCCCCAGCUUACGAUCUCCUGAAGCGGUGGACCUCUGGCAAAUAUUCGGGAUCCAGCAGUAGUACCAGUCUUCUCUUCGUGGCAGCGCGUCUGAACCUUCCCUGGCUUGCUAAUCAAUCGACUCGAUGGGUCAGCUAUACCUCCCUACCAUCCGCCAUCCGCGCCCCGGAUCGGUCUGGUUGGAGCGCGAUCCACAUUGCCGCGGAUUCUGAGUCUGUGGAAAUGGUCAAGUGGCUCUUGAAGGAAGGGGCCUUCGUGGAUGCCGAAACCCUCGGGCUUUCUCACCCGGGUCGUACCGCAUUGCAUUUUGCGGCUUCCAAGCGUUCUGAUGCGGGCCCUCGGAUGGUGCACGAAUUGCUCGAGCACGGAGCAAAGGCGACGGCUAAUACCCGCCAAGGAGGGAACUCACCGUUGCAUUAUGCCGUCGACAGCCGCUCCGUUGAAACUAUUAAGGCGUUGUUGAACGCGGGGGCUGAUCCGAAUGCCGCCAGCAGCUCGGGAUUGACCCCCCUUCAUAGGUGUGCGGCCAUUCCCGGCCUGGAAGGGAUUGUGGAGGCCCUUCUAGAAGGGGGCGCCGAUCCGAACCAAAAGACCAGCGUUGGUGCUCUUUCGGCGGUCCGGGGGCUUAGCGGUCUUAAAGCCUCUAGGGAUCUGUGGCAGACCUAUUAUGCUGUCAAUACAUCCCAGACCGCACUGCACAUUGCCGCAAAGGCAAAGGAUGCAGAGCAGACCGUGAAAGUUCUUCUGGCGGCCGGGGCCGACGCAGACGCACGAGAUAGCGCUGGACGUACGCCCCUCCAUGUUGCGGUGGUGAAAAUGGAACCCGAAGCCGUCACCAAGCUGUUAGUUGAAGCUGUCACCGACGUGAAUGCACGGGAUGUGGACGGAAAGACACCUCUCCUCAUGCUCUUGAUCACCAUUACGCUGCAAGCAGCACAGCAACCGGAGAUGGUCAAAGAAGGCCAGGCAUCGAAGGAACGAAUGAUCGAUCUUUUGUUGUCAGCGGGAGCUGAUCCACACGCUGAGGGGAAAGACAAACAAUCACCGAUCAGUUGGGCUAUGCAGGCCAAGCUGCAAUGGGCCGUCGAUCUGUUAACACAAGAACGCCGCGGGGAUGAUGAACCGGAUAAUGAAUCCAGCCAGCAGCCUAUUGCAUCACCAAAAGACAUUGCAAAUACUAAGCUAUCCAAUCGUGAUGGCGAAAGUAAGAUUGGAUUUCUUGGGACGCAGGCAUCGCGUUGGCUUCCGAAGAGGUCCAUGUCAUAG